UGGCAGAUUAAAGCACUUCUGAUGGGGAAGGGCUUAAAGGCUGAGUCAAAAGCCAAGAAGUCUCUUUAUUUACGCCUACCUCCCAGUCCUUGGCAAUCUGACUAAUAACAAACUGAGCUAACUAGAAAGACUCGACCGAGAGGAAGGAGAGCUGUACAGCAGUCUGGAUCUACAACCAAAGAAAGCAAGAGUGAACACCCCCGGGUCUCCGCAAAGCGUCUUGUUUAUUUACAGUGAUCAGCAGCUUGUCAAUGGUUAACUAUAUGCAAAACAAAGUCAGCAUAGCUGUGAAGUAUGCUGUGAAUAUUAAUUGGGGGAGAAAGGGACUCUGGCUUCAGGAUGCUCCAGUGUGUGUUCUGCCUGCAAGACUUUCAAUGAAAAUUAAGGGCUCAGUGUUUCGCCUUCGACCAGAUGUUUUAACUUUCUGAAGCUAUGAGACUUGAGAAAAAGUGAUAUUUGAGGAGAAAGUGCACUGUGGUCCUGUGGUUGGUGUUUUCUUUUUCAAUAAAGAACCUGAUUGACUUUGGACACUUCUUCCAGCUGGGCAUUUCAUAUCGCACCAGGAAGUGACUGCUUUACAGUCCCAGUCACCAAUGCCCUCAGUCAGAGGCUCUUGCGACACUCUUUGUAAUUGUGAGGAGAAAGAUGGCAUAAUGAUAAUAAACUGUGAAGAAAAAGGAAUCAAUAAAUUAUCCCAAAUCAGUGUGCCACCAUCACGACCUUUCCACUUAAGUUUAUUAAAUAAUGGCUUGACAAUGCUUCACACGAACGACUUUUCUGGACUUACCAAUGCCCUUUCAAUACACCUUGGAUUUAACAAUAUAGCAGACAUAGAGACUGGUGCAUUUAAUGGCCUUGGGCUUCUUAAGCAACUUCAUAUCAAUCAUAAUUCUUUGGAAAUUCUUAAAGAGGAUACCUUCCAUGGUUUGGAGAACCUGGAAUUCUUGCAGGCUGAUAAUAAUUUCAUUACGAUAAUUGAACCAAGUGCCUUCAGCAAGCUCAACAGGCUAAAGGUGUUGAUUUUAAAUGACAACGCUAUUGAGAGUCUUCCUCCAAACAUAUUUCGAUUUGUUCCUUUAACCCAUCUAGAUCUUCGUGGGAACCAGUUGCAAACAUUGCCUUAUGUUGGCUUUUUAGAACACAUUGGCCGGAUAUUGGAUCUCCAAUUGGAGGACAAUAAGUGGGCCUGCAAUUGUGAAUUGUUGCAGCUAAAAAACUGGCUAGAAAAUAUGCCUCCACAAUCUAUAAUUGGUGAUGUGAUAUGCUACAGCCCUCCACCUUUCAAAGGGAGUGUACUGAGUCGCCUGAAAAAGGAAUCUUUUUGCCCUACUCCACCAGUAUACGAAGAGCAUGAGGAUCCAUCAGGAUCUUUGCUGGCCAUAACAUCUUCAACAAGUGACAGCCGCCUAUCAAGCAAGAAUACAUCCAUUUUGAAACAACCUACCAAAGCACCAGGUUUGAUACCAUACCUUACAAAGCCAUCCACUCAGCUUCCAGUACCUUAUUGUCCUAUCCCUUGCAAUUGCAAAGUUCUCUCCCCUUCGGGGCUUCUUAUCCACUGUCAGGAGCGCAAUAUAGAAAGCUUGUCAGAUCUACAGCCUCCUCCACACAACCCUAGAAAGCUGAUUCUUGCAGGCAACAUCAUUCACACCUUAAUGAAGUCUGACCUCACAGACUAUUUCACUUUGGAAAUGCUUCACUUGGGAAACAACCGCAUUGAAGUUCUGGAAGAAGGAUCGUUUAUGAAUCUGACACGACUCCAGAAGCUUUAUCUCAAUGGCAAUCAUCUGACCAAACUCAAUAAAGGCAUGUUCCUUGGUCUCCACAGUCUCGAGUAUUUGUAUCUUGAGUACAAUGCGGUAAAGGAAAUAUUACCAGGGACCUUCAACCCAAUGCCUAAACUGAAAGUUCUUUAUUUAAAUAACAAUCUCCUUCAAGUUUUACCGGCACAUAUCUUUUUAGGUAUUCCUCUAACUAGAGUAAAUCUUAAAACAAACCAAUUCACCCAUUUACCUGUAAGCAACAUCUUAGAUGACCUUGACUUCCUGAUACAGAUUGACCUUGAGGAUAACCCCUGGGACUGCUCUUGUGACUUGGUUGGAUUGCAGCAAUGGAUCCACAAGCUUGGCAAGGGCACCAUGACUGAUGAUAUCCUCUGCACUUCCCCAGGGCAUCUUGACAAGAAAGAAUUAAAAGCCCUCAACAGUGAUCUUCUUUGCCCUGGUUUAGUGAAUAAUCCUUCCAUGCCAACCCAGACUACUUAUGUUAUUGUCACUUCUCCCACAGUGGCGGCAGAUACAGCUAGUACACUCUUCAGUUCUCUCACUGAUGCUGUGCCCCUGUCAGUUCUAAUAUUAGGACUCCUGAUUGUGUUCAUAACUAUUGUAUUCUGUGCCGCGGGGAUCGUGGUUUUUGUCCUCCACCGUAGGAGAAGAUAUAAGAAGAAAAAAGUAGAGGAACAACUGAGAGACAACAGUCCUGUACACUUGCAGUACAGCAUGUAUGGUCAUAAAACAACCCACCAUACAACGGAAAGACCCUCUUCCUCUCUCUAUGAACAACACAUGGUGAGCCCAAUGGUUCAUGUCUACAGAAGUCCAUCCUUUGGUCCAAAGCAUUUGGAAGAAGUUGAGGAAAGAAAUGAUAAAGAAGGAAAUGAUGCAAAACAUCUUCAAAGGAGCCUGUUAGAACGAGAAAAUCAUUCACCACUCACAGGUUCAAAUAUGAAAUACAAAACUACAGACCAAUCAACAGAUUUCAUAUCCUUUCAGGAUGCAAGCUUAUUAUAUAGGAACAUUUUGGAGAAAGAGAGGGAACUUCAGCAACUUGGCAUCACAGAGUACCUAAGAAAAAAUCUUGCUCAGCUCCAGCCAGAGGUGGAGGUUAACUAUCCUGGAGCCCACGAGGAGCUAAAAUUAAUGGAAACGUUGAUGUACUCACGACCAAGGAAGGUGUUGGUAGAACAGACUAAAAAUGAAUACUUUGAGCUCAAAGCUAACUUGCAUGCUGAACCCGACUACUUAGAAGUCUUGGAGCAGCAAACAUAGAGGGGCUGCUUGUGGGCUUUUGCAGAAAUGCUGGGAUUCUGACUUAAGUUCACACUUUUGAAAUAAGUGCCUUACGUGGGUGUUAUCAAUCAGAAUUCAGCACAGCCGUAAUCCUAUGAGAGAUGAAAGAAGAAAGUGAAACUCAGGGACAAUUGAGGAAGCCAUGGCAUUAUCAUCAGGCAAUAUAGCCUGUUCCAAAUAAAACAAGUCCUUGCAUAUAACUGUUGCAAGGAGUACGUAGUAUUGCUCCAUAUGCUUACAAGUAUUUCAUAGAAUUUCUCUUGCACACCUAAAGGGUUGAACACAUAAAAAGCUCCAGUUUUCUUGGAUACUCUAUUCAUGACUAAAUACAAUUAAAUUUCAUCAGUUAAGCAUAUACCUGUAUAUAUAUACAUAGUAUGUAAGGAAUUUAUUCAUAAUCACAUAUAUGUCAGAAAUUUAUACUGUCAAUCACACUAAAUUUUCUCACAAAAAGUGAAAGGGGAACUGGAACUUAAAUUUAAAAAGUGGCAAUAGUAAGUGAAAAUGUACAAUUUGUAAUUACGUGCACCAUUAACGAUUCCGAAUUUUCAACAAAGGGUGCCAUUGCUAAGGUUUCUGAAUUCAGACUCACGAUGGCAAAUAGUUCCUGUGGGAUAAAUAAGCAAAUGUGUGAGUUUAAUCUACACAUUUUCUGUGGAUAUCUUUUGAUGUAAUGCUGCUGUGAACCUAAGGUAUGUGAUUUGUGUUCGACAUUCUAUUCUUCUUGGGAUAUUUUUUUUUAAAUGCUACUGAGAUUCUACUGUAUAUAUGAUUAGAGCACUUAGUAAGUUUGCUUCUUUUCAUAGUGUUAAUUAUUUGUACAACUGGAUGAUAAUGAUAAGAAAACAUGUCUUUUGUGGCAUGUAAAUCAAAGGUAUAAAAUGAAUAGUAAAACUUAUUUUAUUUUUAUUGACAUACACUGAUAGGUCGUGUAGAUUAGUAGCAAGAGGCGUUUCUACAGGUAAGUGUUCUGAGCUUCCUCAGGAGAGGGACAGUGUAGCUUUAUUUUACAAGAAGGUAUCACUAGAUUUCUAUGAACUAUUUAUUCUGUACAGUUUUGUAUAUUUUUGGUUCACAAGAUAAUUAUACUUGGGUGCCUUUUAAGAAAGUUUAAGAUUAUUGCUCACUUCAAUAAAAGUAAAAUGAAAACAUUUCUCAAAGUGUUUCAAUCAAUUAUUCUAAGCUGUGAUUCAGUCAUGUUGUGAUUAUCACCUCAGUAUACUCUCUGCAUAUGGAAAAGGCUGGUUCUAUUUGUGUGUGCAUAGAAGUCCUGUGUUCAUCACACACACGAAUCACUCAGUGUAAUUGGAAUCUGUGUUUUUAACACAUUGCAAUCCUGAACACUUGUUGGGAGAGAAAUUAAUGAAAAAAAAUGUACUCUUGUCCACUCAUGUAACAAUGUCUUUCAGCAAUGUCUGAGUAUUCUACCAGGUAUUUCAUCUUGCAAUACUCAAAUUCUUUUCCUACUACCAAUACUGUGAUAUCUGGGCCAAAAGGUUUCAAGACUAGAUCUGAGCCUAAUCUGUAAUCACAGUCACUAGAUUUAUAUUGCAAAUUAUUUCUUACAUGAAAGGAAUCAAAACUUUAAAGACUCAUUGUAAACCAAUAUCACUUUAUUAAUUUCCAGAACUUGGAAAGACAACGUGCUUGUGUUUUUGCCUCAGAAUAAAACUUUCUAGGUAAAAUGCAUGUAAUAAGAUUUCUUUAUGUUUGUAGAAAAACUAUUAAGUACAGUGACUGAUAAUUUCUCCAAGGAUGGAGUUUACCCACAAUACAAUGAGUAAACAAAAAACUCUUGAGCAAAAAAUGUGUUAUCCUAUUUCUCCUACCCAGUUGAGUUUCUGCCGAUAUUUUUUAUCCCAAUUACAACCAUAGUCGUAUUAGCAAGGUCUGAAAAUCCCCAUGCCUUAGGAAUCUUUGAAGUGGAUCUGUGCAUGCAAGUACAUACAUGCUUGAAGAAAACUAUGACUUCAGGACUAUCCUUCUCUUUUCAGUGCAGUAACAUUUUAUAUCUCCAUGGAUUUUUUUUCAUUGCUGAAAUUAAUAGUCUUAAUUUUUCAACUUAUUAUCAAGAGAAACAAAGUUAUUUAUGAAACCAUGUAAGUAUAUUCUUCAAGUUACAGUUAUCCACAAAAUUAAAAGCAAUAAAAUAUGAGUAAAACUUUAAAGGAUGUGAAAAAUAUUAUAGCUUCCAAGGUGUACCAAUAUUUUAGGUAACUGAAUAUUUAUUUCUCAGUAGAUAUUCCCUUGCCAUGUAUUUUCCUACUAAUUAUUAAUUGUUGGCUUGUAUUUCAAAUAAGGUAUGAUCUGUCAAACAUUUUUAAUUUAAGUCUUUGAUUAUUUACUUUUGUUCUAUAUACCUUUUUUAUUAAACAAAAUGAGAGCUAUUUCA